AUGACCUCAGAUGCCUCCUUUGAUGGGUAUCCCUCUCCUGCCACCAAGUCGGUUAGCAGCAUUCCCGUUGGCAACUACUAUUACGAGACAACCCCACCUCUCGAGGAGCCCCGACACAUGACUCCUGUUGUCUCCCGCGUUCCCGUUCAGACUUCUUAUCCCCAGCAGACUUACGGAUCCCCGUACAUGACUCAGCCCUCUCUCGCAUCCUAUUACCCUCCCAUGCAGCCUACUCCUCCUCCCCAACCCCAGAUCUCGGGUCUUUACUACCAGCGUCCCCUUCCUCAGCAAUUCCCGCCUAUGCCUGUUGCUGUUGGUUUGGGACCUACCUCGGGCGCCAACCCCUGGCAACACCACCACUACAUUGCCCCCUCUUCCACCACCUCGUACCCCCAGAGCCAGGACCGGUAUAUCUGCCAGACCUGCAACAAGGCCUUUUCCCGACCGAGCUCGCUACGCAUCCACAGCCACUCUCACACGGGCGAGAAGCCUUUCAAGUGCCCUCAUCCCGGCUGCGGAAAGGCGUUCAGUGUCCGAAGCAACAUGAAGCGUCAUGAGCGAGGCUGCCACAACUAUGACUCGAGCAACUCUUCAUCUUUGACUGCCUAA